AUGGAACGUGGACGUGAACGAAGUGUAAGAGGAAGUGAAAGGGGGGGAGAUCGUCGCCGGGAUGACUAUUCUGAUACCGAAACAGUGAAACGAUCCCAAAACUACAAAUCUCAUGACACCACAUCGAGAAAACCAAAAGGUUCUUCUGGAAGACGCGCAAAAUAUUUCGACAACCGAGGGGGGCCACCCCUUUCUAAAUCUGCUGGUCUUGGUUUCGCCAAUGCAUUCGCCCCUCCAUCUGUGGCUCCCAGUACUGCAAAAAUCAGUCCAGAAAACCACAAAAGCAUCUCUGUCGUGGCCGAUGAAGUAUAUGAGAGGGACCGGCUUAACAACAGAGAUGAUAAUACAAUUCUCUCAGCAGCUGCUGAAAGAGGUCGUAGAGACAUGGCGCGAAAACAAGGAUCUCUCAGUGAGAAAGAGAGGUACAAUCGCGUCCUUAAUUAUGGUAUAAGCGCGGGUGAUAAUGUGAUGGCUGGUCCAGCACCAUCUGAGGCUCCAAGUAUAAAAACUUACACUUCUGGGGCGACUCGGGAUACAGGGUACACAAGAGAUACAAGGGUGACAGAGAACACAAGGGAGAGCAGACCCCGAACAAGAGCAGGAAGUGUGGAGCCCUCUAGUAGAGGAUCCCAAAAUACACGAUUGAGAUCAGGAAGCACGGCAGCCCUCGACAGAACUCCAGUGCAGAGGGGUACAUCAUUUCAUAUGUCCUCUUCCACGACAAUUGUGAUGACUGGUGGCAACAAUGGUGCAGCAUAUCAAAGUCAAAGACACCACCAAUCAUUGCACAUGUCAUCUGGUGAUGGUAGGAGAAAAUCUGAGAUAGCACAGGCGGCUAGUUUUGUCCCUCGCUCUGGCAAUAUUGCCGAUUCCGAAUAUAGGUCCUCGAGAGGUGGCAAGAGACCAGAUAUCAUUGUCGACUAUGCCAAAGCCGGUAUACAAAGCUUUCGUCCCGGAAAUGACAUUGGUGGCAACCCCGCAAGACACCGCCCUCUCCCCAUCCUUCCUUCUGAGUCAAGGAGUCAUUCACGAAUUGAAGAUUUGAAGUCAGUAGCACCAGCUUCUGAUGCUUCUGAAAGCACCGUCAAGCCGCUACGUAGAAGCAAGGCGCCGGCCGGAGGUUGGCCUUUUGAGAAUUCUCAGUCGGGCGCCAAAACUAUGUCGCCGUCUGAAGCCUCAAUGUUGGAAAAGCCUGCAGCAUCACGCAGUGGACGCACCGAACGCAGUGGACGCCCUGGCGAUUUAAGGUCCAUGUAUUCGAAAAGUGAGGCUCGACCUCCAGAAGCAUCAGUGGCGGCUUCCAAUAGGACACGCAGUUCCCUGGGUCUACCACCAUCCCUGAACGGCUAUGGCGGUCCUCGAGCUCCUUCUACGACUGCUAGCCAUAGGAAUCGCCUGGCAAGCGAUGGAGAUCUUGCUAUUGAGCGUGAUCGCUAUCGCAGAGAAGAAUAUUAA